AUGCUUGGAGUCUCAACUCUCCUCUCCGAGAAAGGGGACCUGCUUAAUCAGAGAGCAAGCAAAGGUUUUUCGAGCUCCUCCAAGUCCAAGGUUGCAUGGAUUUCUCUGCUCAAGUGUCAGACGGAGAAACAUUACAACUUUGGUUACGAAUGCUGUGACUGA